UGGACUCUGGUAACUCUGGCCAUUCUGCUGAGCUCUGAGCUUUCUGUGGUUGUCUGUCUGCAAGUGUCUUUGCCACAGUGCUAUGGCAAGUUCUUUCUGGGAAUCUGAGAUGCUGAGCUUGUGUUUUCCACAAGAGUUUCCAUUUUCGUCCUAAAAAAUAAUAGAAUACCUUGAUGGCAAUGUCCUAUUUGGAAAAAGCUCGUGGCGUGGAGGCUGUUUUGCUGGAAAAAAAUGAGCUCUAGGAUUUCUAACCUACUUUAGUGUAGUCACUAGAUGUUUCUAUAAAUACGUAGAGUGCAAUGAAGACCGUUUCGGGCUGUUUUAUGCAGACUGGUGUGUCGUGCCGUGCUGUAAGUUUUCCCUGACCCUCUGUUUCCAUGGCCCCCUCAUGUGGCCGCUCUUCACUGCCUAUAGCACGAGCUAUCUCCGCCUAUGAAAACACGGCACGUGAUUGGCUGAUCCUGCAGAUGCACAGGAAGUUCAGGUUUUCUAAUAACCACCCAGAGACACAGUUACCAUAGAGACAAAGAUAAGCCCCCUUACUAAAAAAAAGGAAAAAAGCCUGCAUGUCAUCACAGCAGCCUGCAGAAGGCGUCUGCUCUCUCUCUUUCUCUCUCUCACUUGCCAGUUCUCCUAUUAGCAUCUGCUCAAACAGUACAGCCCCUGCCUUAUGAAGGUUGCCUCAGGUUUUCUCUCACCGCUCUUCAAAUGCACUCUGCACUCAACGAGCCUUGGUCUAAAUGGGUCCAGUUAUGCCUCCCAGUAAGAAGCCGGAAAGUUCCGGGGUCAGCGUCGCGAGCGGCCUGAGCCAGUUCUAUCAGGCGAGCUCCAUCACGCGUGCCCUGCAGGAGGCCGAGGAGAUGGACCUGGCUCUUCCCACCAUCAAAUUGGAGAAGGGCAGCAUUGAGGAUGAGGAACUCACAAACCUCAACUGGCUCCAUGAGAGCAAGAACCUGCUCAACAGCUUUGGUGACCCUGUGCUGAGGAGCGUCAGCCCCGUCCAGGACUUGGACGAUGACACCCCGCCCUCUCCGGCCCACUCGGACCUUGCUUACGAUGCCAAGCAGAACCCGAACUGCAAACCCCCUUAUUCGUUCAGCUGCCUCAUCUUCAUGGCCAUAGAAGAUGCCCCCUCCAAGAGACUGCCAGUUAAAGACAUAUACAACUGGAUUCUGGAUCACUUCCCUUAUUUUGCCAAUGCCCCCACAGGGUGGAAGAACUCGGUCAGGCACAAUUUGUCCCUCAAUAAGUGUUUUAAGAAAGUGGACAAGGACAGGAGUCAGAGUAUCGGGAAGGGCUCCCUGUGGUGCAUAGACCCAGAAUACAGACAGAAUCUCAUCCAGGCGCUGAAGAAGACGCCUUAUCAUCCUUAUUCCCAGGUGUUCACCACGCCUCCCACCUCACCUCAGGCAUAUCAAAGUAUGUCCAGUCCUCCAAUUUGGCCAGGAAGUCCCUUUUACAGAAAAAACAAGGGAGUCCUGCUACAAGUCCCUCAGGGAGUGAUCCAGAACGGAGCUCGAAUGAUGAGCCAGGGCCUCUUUCCAGGAAUCCGACCCCUUCCCAUCAACCCCAUUGUCAGCAGGACAGCCGCUGUCAGGUCAGUACUCGGAUACAGAUUAACCAGUGAUGGCGAGCCAACCCGUAACUCUCCACUGGUCAGCAGUGACCCCAAGGAGGACCACACCUACAGUUUUGCCAAAUCUUCCAGCUCGGAUGUCGGUGAAGAGGCCCACUGCGACGGAAGCGAGGUGGAUGAGGCUGAUGUUGAGGAGGACGACAAGAGCAAAAUCAAGAAGGAGCCGAAGGAGUGGUCCGUGGACGCCCUCGCUCUGGCCCAGCACAAGAAACGGCAACAUUUGACAAAAGUCAAACAGAGAGUGGCCAGUGACACUCUUCCUCUAAAAAAGAGGCGCACGGAGAAGCCUCCAGAAAGUGAUGACGAGGAGAUGAAGGAGGCGGCCGGAUCCCUGCUUCAUUUGGCGGGAGUCAGGGCCUGUUUGAACAAUAUCACCAACCGGACGGCAAAGGGGCAGAAAGAGCAAAAAUAAUAAACUGACUGUUUUAAAAAUAAGAGAGAAAAAAACAUCACUUUGAAUAGAAUUUACUAUUUUUUUUCCAGGACAUCAGGUGAAUUCUACUGAUUUGUGGCAAUAUCAACAAUCACUUUGUUUUCCUAUCUUUAUAGGUAACAUUUUACUGAGGGUUCUUUGUUUUAGUUAACUUUUAGUUUGUUUUAUUGUGAUUUCUGUUUGUAAUCUACGGAGAUUGAAGCCAUAGCCUUCCCUUUUUAAAAUAUUCAGCAAAGCAUUUCAUUCGACUGAUCGAAAAAGAGCGAUAGUAAAAUAUGCCCUGCCCCAUUGUCAUACAGUAGAUAAAGGGAUAGCUCACCCCAAAAUGAAAGUCAUCAUUUAUUCACCUUCAUUUCAUUUCAAAUCCAUAACACUUUCGUUUGGAAUGCAAAGGACUUUUACACAAAUGAUAUUCAAAUCUGAAAGAGUUCUGUCCCUCCAUUGAAAAUCUAUUCAACUAAUGUUCAUAAAGAAAUCAAAAAAUAAAUCCAUGUAAAUGAAGUGAUUUGAACCAAGUCUUCUGAAGAGACAUGAUUUCUUUAUAUGAUGAACAGAUUUAAUUUAGGCUUUUAUUCACAUACAAACAUUGAGUGAACAAAUUUGGUUACGGAAGCUCAAGAACCAAUGAGGUUCAUCCUGGCAUCACGCCAACACACUUGAGCUUCCUUUAAAAACCAAUGAGGUUUGCUCUUGAUUGUGUUUCUUCAGAAGACCUGGAUUAAACCGCUUGAUUCAUUUAGAUUUAUUUUCUUUAUGAAUGUUUUGAAGCGUGAGUAGACUUUCAAAGGGAGAGAAAUCUCUCAGAUUUCAUUAAAAUUAUCUUUAUUUGUGUUCCGAAAGUCUUAUAGUUUUGGAACGACAUAGUGAAUAAAUGAUGACAAAUUUUUAAUUUUGGGGUGAACUGAUCCUUAAACAUGACAGCAAAUUGAGUUCCCAGAGUAGUUCUCAAGUUAGUGGUAAUUAUGGGUUAUAGUAAUCGCUGCUGCUGUAAUAAUAAUAUAAAAUGUUUUAGAAGCACAGGGCAGUGCCAAAGACAAUCCUCAAGCAGUUUCUGUGAUGUCACUAACCCCUUGAUGCUCUGGCCGUUAAAGGAGUCCAGCAGCAUGGUGUGGAAAACACUCAUGUCUGUAGUUGUCGUUUGGCUCGUAGGAAUCAUAGUUCACCGGGAUGAGAGUAAAGCCAUAAACUUUUGUCAAAGUGCUUUUUGGAAUCAAAAAAGUGAUACAUUUAUCAAUAAGUCUCGCAAAACUGCCCACGUUUUUUUCUGAGCAAUCAAAUUGAGUGAUAUUUUCCGUCUAAACCGAUAGUGGAUGGUGAAACUCUUUCUUCGGCACAAUAAAAAUUAAAACUCUGAGCUAAAGCUACAAUACCUGCCAAUUGUAUUUUAAUAGCAGAAAAUAAUGACUGUGGAGUUGUUUUGUGUUUGGUCAUUUGUUUAUGUUUUUUUUUUUUAAACCCUCGUGAUGUAAUAAGCAAUUUCAUCCAGUCAGGAUAAACACUGUAUAAAAGUAACACUAGACCAUUUUCCUUUCUUAAUUUAAGCAAUGUAGCCAGCAGGAUUUUCCAAAUCGUGUUGCAUGGGUUCUGUAAAGAAAAAGAAGACCGUUUUUUAAAAAAAUCAAAGUUCAUGUAAGGUAAAUAAUGUAUUUAGCAUGGAGCAUGAAUUAUUUUCAUAUAAAUAUAGAUCCUAGAGAACUAAGGCACCGCCUCUAAUUUCUAUGCCAAUAGGCCUAGUCUCUUUCGUUGUUUUUGUCGGAUUUGAUUUCCAUUUGUCAUCCUCAUUGCCUUUGUGUUGAAGCAGGCAUCUUAACAAUUACCUUCUUCAGGGACAAACACUGACUGUUGGGAAACUCUCUCUGCAAUACGAGGACUCGUGGCUUGGGCCAUCUCGGUCUACGCUAGUCGCCGCACCGAAUACCCACGAAUACCCACUACGUCAAUGUCCAUGUCAUCAAGGAGAAGUUCGUAGUGAGUGUCGGUCCCCUUCCGGCUUCGUGCCUGCUUUUCUUCCAUAUGUAAUCCCAAUGUGCGUGUCUGUGAUUUAUUCAGGGUCUUCCAUUUUGUUCCGCAAGACUCUGGAUCUACAGGUUUUUUAUUUGUUUGUUUUUUUUUCCCUGUAUUUACAUGUAGCACUGUUCAGGAGUCAUCAGUAUUGAUUCAGUUGUUCUCGGUACAGGCAGUCAGAUGGUUAUUUACGCCUCCAUGCAUAUAUAUAUAUAAGCACUUAUAGACAAUAAAAAUAAGUGAUACCAGAGCUCAGUGCAAACGCUAGUGUAUAUAUUUUCACGACCUCAACCAACUGCACUUUUAUUGUUUUAAAGUGCAGUAAAGAACUUAAGGAUUCAGUGCCAAAGCCUGUUAUGACUCUAUACACUGCAAAACGGACAAUGCAUACUUGAUAUGUCAGUCAUAAACAUGUCAAAAAGUUGUAGCAUUUCUGUCAAGUACUCAUGUAUAAGAUAUUCUCAGUCAUAUUUGUUAAUAUCGCUCUGCAUUGCUGUGUUUCAUGAAGUCACCUGCCUUCCCCGUUCAUCUGAUGAUGAUAAUGGUUGGACCCGAUGUUUUGUAGCGUGUUGAAUGUUAUAUCUGACCCAUGAGUGUUAAUGUGAUGUCUCCAGUUGGCAUGCCUUUCCCUAACCAAGAUAGACAUUUCUUGACACAAAAUCACCCUGAUUAUAACCUUGUCUGCUGGUCUUUAUAAAGAUCUGUCAUAUCACAUUUCCAUUCAAUAUGCUUCAAACUGGGAAGCCAGUAGUAGAGAGAGCCAUGAGUCCUGUAUACACUGCCUUUCCUUCAAAGACAACACUCACUACAGAACUUUUCCUUUUUAGUUCUUUCAGAGGAACCUGAAACGUGUUAAAAAAACAUCAAGAACAGCCAUUCAAAAAAAAAAAAACGUUAAUAGGAGGCAAAGUGUUUCUUUUUCUUCCCAUUGUUUUUUCAUUUUUUUUUUUUUUUUUGUUGAAAGGUUCCUGUUAACUGCCAUCCUAUUAUGUGUUUGAGUUGUUUAAGAUGAAGGUAAUGGAGUCCAUUUGGUUUGUAAUGAAAUGUUCAGUCUGAUGGCAUGUGCACCCUGCUAAUGUCAAUAUAGAGGCAUAAUUGCACUCUGAUUUCCUUUGACUUGUAAUCAUAUUGCCAAAGACAACAAUUUUAUCGAUUAAUGUAUAUACCACUUUGUCCAUUGCUACUCAAAUUCUAUUUGUUUUGGUUUUCUUUUAUUUUUUUCCUUCAACCCAACCAUCAAGUUUCUGUGAUGUAUUGUCUUCCAGUUGCAAUAAUAAUAAAAAAAAAGUUGCAAAGGUGA